GACUCUACAACAGCCACAAUAGCGAGAACCAUGGCCCCUAAACUAGGGAAGCGGAAGCGCGUAACCCGCGCAGAACUCGAACAAGCCUCUCGAUCGUCAUCACCUUCCUCGGGAUCUAAUGACUCCGGCGCAGAGGAUCUCCAAGCGAUAUUUCGGCGAGCAUUCGAAGCAAAGUUCAAGCCUCUGCCCGUAGAAACCAAGAAGCCAAAGAUUGAACAAGUACAAGUGGAAGACGAAGAUGAAGGGGAAGAAUCGGACUGGUCGGGUAUCAGCGAAGACGAGCAAGACCAAGUCGAAGUAAUCGAGUACAAAGAUUCCCGCCACGAGCGCGACGAGACGGAGAAGGCAGAAAUGAAAGCCUUCAUGUCCUCCAAACCGCCCACAUCCUCCGCUACAACAGCGCCUCCAAAGUCUCUCACGGCCAACAAGAAACAAGGAGACGACGCCGACCCUACCGACUCCACCAAUCUCAAAAACGAUCUCGCCCUGCAGAAACUCUUGCGCGAAUCGCACCUCCUCUCCGCUUCAUCAUCCGGCGCCUCAACACCCACACUCACCGCAACGGGCAUUGCGCGCCAUAAAUCCACAGACUUACAUCUCCAGUCUCUCGGCGCGAAAGCGUCCGUCUUCGCGCAGAAGAAGAUGCCCAUGGCGCAACGGAAGCACGAGAUACAAAAGGCCAGGCUGAUCGAAGAGAAGAGACGGGCACAUGCAAAGGCGGCCGGUAUCGUGCUGGAGAGGGAAAACAAAGUGGUCAAGAAGGACGUGGAUAGGAAGAGGGAGAGGGGUGUUGGUGGGCCGAGUAUUGGCAGGUUUAGAGGUGGCACGCUGAGCUUGAGUAAGCAGGAUGUUCAUAGUAUUACGGGUGGUUCGAAGGGCAAGGGCAAGGGCGUGGGAAAGAAGGGCAAGCGAUGAGUUUCCAGGCUGGAUACCUAGGCAAAUGCGGAUAUGUGCAAACGCCAUCACCGAGGAAGCGGGAACAUGAAGUCUCACUUCAAUAGCGGUAUUCGAGGUCAACAGGAGCGAGACAUGGCCUUGUAUAUCCCACCUUCAUAAGGGGAUACUGUAUCUUGAGACUCGACACGAUCAUACAAUUGCCCGCAUACAUCAGUCGACUUUUGGAAGAGAUCAAUGGAGCACUCUUGCAGGAAAACAACCAGCUGGGCGGGUUUAGAUGGAGCAGUAUUGUGUGCCAGGAAGAGAUGUACAAACUGUCAGGAAUAUAUAGUUCAGCACGUCACAUCACAGUAAAGCCUUCAACUCAAACUACUGUAGUAGAUACGCAUCCAAUGAAUAAUCUACUCU